CCUCAUUAUUCGUGGUAUUUUUUUUCUGGGAGAGAGACAGCAGCAGGCGGCGCCAUAUUGAACCAGGAUUUUUCCACCGUUCAACAUUUAAAACGUCGAUUUUUCCACCAUGCUGUACCUGGAGGAUUAUCUCGAGAUGAUCGAGCAGCUUCCCAUGGACCUCCGCGACAGGUUUACGGAAAUGCGGGAGAUGGACCUGCAGGUUCAGAACGCCACCGAUCAGCUGGAGCAGAAAGUCAUCGAGUUCUUUGUCAAUGCUAAGAAGAACAAACCGGAGUGGAGAGAAGAGCAGAUGGAGGUCAUCAAAAAGGAUUACUACAAAGCCCUGGAGGAUGCUGAUGAGAAGGUGCAGCUGGCCAAUCAGAUCUACGACCUGGUGGACCGUCACCUGCGUAAACUGGACCAGGAGUUGGCCAAGUUCAAGAUGGAGCUGGAGGCCGACAAUGCCGGCAUCACGGAGAUCCUGGAGAGACGGUCGUUGGAGAUGGACAGUCCGUCGCAGCCCGUCAACAACCACCACGUCCACUCACACACCGCCACGGAGAAGAGGAAGUACAGCGCUCCCGCUCACCACACCACAGAACACGUUCCAGAGAAGAAGUUCAAGUCUGAAGCGCUGCUGUCCACGCUCACGUCCGACGCCUCCAAGGAGAACACGCCAGGUUGCCGUGCCAACAGCACGUCCUCGUCCACCAACAGUGUGUACAGCGUGAACUCCUCCCAGCCGCUGCCCUCCUACAACCUGAGCUCGCUGCCGGCGGGCCCCGGGGCCGGCGCCGGCGCCAUCACCAUGGCCGCCGCCCAGGCCGUCCAGGCCACCGCCCAGAUGAAGGACGGCCGCCGGACGUCCAGCAUGAAGGCGAGCUACGAGGCCAUCAAGAACAACGACUUCCAGCUGGGCCGCGAGUUCUCCCUGAGCCGCGAGUCCGCCGGCUACUCGUCCUCCGCCCUGGCCUCCACCCUCACGCAGACGCUCACCCCAAGCUCCGCCUCCGACUCCCGGGGCCGCAAGUCCAAGAGCAGCAUCAAGUCUUCCAACCACCAGUCGUCCUCGUCGUCCUCGUCCUCGUCCUCGCUGUCCUCCUGCUCCUCGUCCUCCGCCCUGGCUCAGGAGCUGUCCCAGCAGGCGGCGGCGCUGCCCGAGGCCGAGGCCAACAGCCAGGUGGACUGGACCUACGACCCCAACGAGCCGCGCUACUGCAUCUGCAACCAGGUUUCCUAUGGAGAGAUGGUCGGCUGCGACAACACAGACUGUCCCAUCGAGUGGUUCCAUUACGGCUGUGUGGGUCUGACCGAGGCUCCCAAGGGGAAGUGGUACUGUCCUCAGUGCACGGCGGCCAUGAAGAGGCGGGGCAGCCGCCACAAAUAGACUGAGUGGCUCCACCGGAGGGGUCAGAGGUCACACCGCGUCCCAUCCCCUCCUGCUCCGCAAUGUCGCCGUCCCGACGCCGGACGGUCUUCAGUCGGACUCAUGUCUCGGAGCUGAACUCGUUUUCCCAUGAGGCCGUGCGUCCAUGUCCCUCCUCGAGAGGUGUGUGUGUGUGUGUGUGUGUGUGUGUGUGUGUGUGUGUGUGUGUGUGUGUCCUCUAAUGUUCAAAAAGUCAAUAAAAAGCCGUUUUG